GUAGGCCUUAUGUUUGGUUCAGGGUUUAAUUUGUAGGUGUGCGGUCCACGUGCACAUAUAAUCAAUUUAUAAAGAACUGUCUUUAAUAAGAUCAUGAGCUGACUUGGUGAAAAAGAUGUGGGGGAAGGUACAAGUGUUUGUGGGAGGUGUUGUCAGUAGGAUAGUCCCAAAGAGCAACAAUACUGCUGAGCAGAAAAAACCACAGAAGUACCUAUAUGAGCGACCACAUUUCCUCUGCCUGGGGCAGAAACAGCAACAGGAGGCUAAGAGUACAAGUUCUCGAACUAUCCUCACUGUUGGUGAGAAUCUGCCAAGGCGAGCAGGUUAUGCUGAGGUAAUCAAUGGUGGUAAAAGUGCUGUCAAUGAAGAUCAGGGAGCAGCAGAAGAAUUCUACUUGGGUUAUAAACCCGCCAAGACAGCAAAGGCACUAAUACAGACAGCCACGGCCUCGGCACAAAAACAACCCCUAAUGGCUAUGACAGAAGUCGUGGGUGAUGGAUCGGAUGUAGUACCUGUGACCUACUUUGGGAUAUUUGAUGGCCAUGCUGGUGCUGAUGCUGCUAUAUUUGCAUCCAAAAUCCUGCACAAACACAUUGAGGACAAGCUGAAUUGUGCAUGGGAGGUGAUUAAUCAGAAACUGGCCCCCUCCAAGCAGGAUGCAGAGCGCCUUUCCCUGGGAAAUAUUAGCAACAUCUCUGUAGAUGACCUCAUUACUGGUAUUCUGGAGGAGGCAUUCGUAGACCUGGAUGAUCAGAUCAUGCGGGAGCGCCUAACCUACACAAUACGAGGGGGUUGUGCAGCUAUCAUAGCAAUGUUCAUGUUUGGGAAAGUAUAUGUGGCCAAUGCUGGAGAUUGUAGAGCGGUGCUGUGUAAUGGGGAGAAGACAAUUCCUCUGUCUCGGGACCACACACCAUAUGCAGAAAGAGAACGGCUUACUCACCUUGGUGAUGCCAAGCCAGAGCUUCUACAUGGAGAAUUCACAUGUACAGAAUACACACGGAGGAUAUUCCGAGAGGACGUGGGCAGGAGGGUCCUCUACAGGUCUCCUCACAUGUCAGGGUGGGGAUAUAAAGUGGCAGAUUACGAUGCGUUAAAAUUUCCACUUGUGACCAGAAAUGGGAAAAAGUCCCGUCUCAUGGAAACAAUAGGAGUGGCCAGAGGUUUUGGUGAUCACGACUUGAGAGUGUUUGAUUCAGAAAUAUAUGUCAAACCUUUUCUGUCUUCCAUCCCAGAGGUUGAAAUUUAUGAUACUAAAGCAGGGGAGUUAGGAGAGAACUGUGUGCUGAUUAUGGCGUCAGACGGACUAUGGGACGUAAUAUCUAACUCAGAGGCUGCAGCCAUUGUUAGACAGACUCUCGCCACCUAUAACACCAACGACUACAAAAGGUAUACUGCUGCUGCACGAGAGCUCGUCACACAGGCUCGGGGAUUCCAUGUGGGACAAGGCUGGAGGAAGAAAAAUACAGAUGAUCAUGCAUCGUUCGACGACAUAACUGUUUUUGUUAUUCCUUUACAUGACUAAAUGUUGAAUCAGAAAUGUUGAAAAUUAUGUAUUCAUGCGAUGAUCACCAUUUGUCAUUGGAAAUUAAAGGUAGAAGUGAGAAGUAUAGGUCAGUAUAGCUUAGGGUGAUUGUCAUCAUGCUGGCAUAUUGGCAGGUCAAAUCCACCCAGCUGUAUAAAUAGAAGGUGCUAGCCCAUCUCAGUUACGAUGGGGAAGAAAGUUGAAGUCUGUGAUAUAUAGGUGUGCUAAAUUGUCUGACAUUAUUGACAAAUACAUUUAUUUUUCUGUAAGCAUUCCUUUAGAGUUGUGCCAUUCCAGUUUUUGCUCACCGGAAACUGCACACUCUUUUUUCUUUCUUUUUUUUCUGUCUUGCCAUUUUGUUGUACUCUCAUUGGUUGAGAGAAAUAUGAAAAAAAUCACCUCUAUAGUCAGCCUUAAAUAUAGAUAAAAAGUAUUCCUGCAAAUAGGGUAAAUUUGUAUUGUAGAAAUUUUAGUAGGAUUAUUAGCAAAGACUAUAUAACACAUUAAUUCAUAGCAUCAUCAUCAGUGUACUGUGAGACUUUUUAAAUUGAGGGUUCAAUUUUGUUUUGUUGAUUUUAAGGACUUUUCAUGCAACAUUCCCUACAUGAUUUUUCAAUGAUCUUUUUUACCAUAUUUUUCAUGGUAGAAUGGGAGUCACAAAAAUAAUGUUUACAAUAUUUGAAUAGUAUUAGAUAUUAUCAUAUGUACAAAGUACAUAUUAUUUCCCCGUUUUUCAUUGCUCAAAUUUAAUUGUUUGUAUUUUAAAGUUUUCAUUUAAUAUUACAAAGAGAAAUAUUUUUUACUAUAAAUACUAAGUACUUAAUGAUUGAGUGUGUAUUUUGUUAUUUGCAUGGGGCUUGAAGGGAAAAGAGCAUUUAAAAAAAUGUUGCAUUUCAGUUCAUGUAAAAGUAAUAUUAAGGCUCGGUUCCCUUCAUCAGACAUUUAACACAAUGCUAAUCACCAAUGUAAUAUAUAUCCUUUCAUUUAUGUUUUAAUUUUGAAGAAAAACAAAUGUUGGUGUGAGUGAAAACUAAUGAUGAUACUGAGAAAUGUAUUAUGAAUUUUUGCUAAGUAGUUACAUAUUUGUUCUGCAACUUCUCUAGUUACUGUAACUAAAAGUAACAUUUGAUUUCUAUAACUUCUCUAGUUGCUGUAAUGGUUUUAUCUGUAGUUGCUGUAACUAGUAGUUACAUACUAUUUCUGUAACGUCUCUAGUUGCUGUAACUAGUAGUUACAUACUAUUUCUGUAACUUCUCUAGUUACUGUAACUAAAAGUAACAUUUGAUUUCUGUAACUUCUCUAGUUGCUGUAAUGGUUUUAUCUAUAGUUGCUGUAACUAGUAGUUACAUACUAUUUCAGUAACUUCUCUAGUUGCUGUAACUAGUACAUGUAGUUACAUAAUAUUUCUGAAACAUCUCUAGUUGCUGUAACUAGUUACAUAAUAUUUCUGUAACUUCUCUAGUUGCUGUAACUAGAAAUUACAUAUGAUAUUACUGUUACACUUGGUUAUAUCUUGUUGCUGUUAUUGUUUUGUUUUCAUCUGGUUGCUGUAACUCGAAGCUACAUAUAUUAUUUCUAUAACUGAUGAUUUUAUGCCUAGUUUCUGUUUCUGUAACUUGUUUAUCAAUGAUAUAUAUUUCUGUAACUGGUGAUUUUUUCCCUAGUUGCUGUAGCUAUAGUGGUGCUUAGAACACUUGUGUCUGUGAUGAGUAGUUACAUGUAUUUACCGAGUAUAUUAAGUAACUAAUGGUUAUAGCUAUAUGGUAUAGUUAGUGAUAUUUAGCAGGAAUUGAUUUUGAUGAUUUGCAUUGGUGACCACAAUGAGCUUGCCAAAGUUUAAAUUGCUCAAGUUCAACACCUGGGAAAUAAACAUCCAUAGUGUACAUGUAAAGCAAGAUUAAAAAAAGGAAGUUAAUUUAUUUUUCUGUAAUUACACAUUUAGGCUUCUCAGAAUACUUAUUUGUGGAAUUUUUUGGGAGCUUCAUGAUCACUGCUUGUGGAGAUAAAAGUGACUUUACUGUAGAUAUUAACAACGGUAGAUGCAUGAGAAUAAUUAUGUAACUUGGCCACUAAAAAACUGCCAAAUGUUAUGAUUGAUUGCCAAUAAAUCAAUUAUCAAAUUAUACAUGUACAACCAGAUUUUGUGAACCAAAGACACAUAUUUCCUGCUACAUGUAUUGUUGGUUUUUAGCUCACCUGGCACGAAGUGAAGGGUGAUGAUAUUUGGCCAGUAGCAUGCUGAGAUGAAGUGCUAC